AUGACGAUGAGAACCACGUCGCCCUCAUGGACGACAAGUUUGACAAGACUCAACAAUCAGCACUCAAAUUUCACCUACCUUAAAGUCACCAAAAAGCUUGAUAUCGACACCGUGAAGCAAAUCAGCGUUCCUGAAGUUUGCCAGAGGAUCGGUGAGGGCGCCGCGGCCCUCGUCGGCCACCACUCACCAACUGCCGAUGAGUGCGCUCUGCGAUCAACUGGGUUUAGGGUUCUUGGAGAUGGAGAACUCGGGGGAGAUGGAGAAGUAGUCGCCGUGAUCAUGGUCGGUGGACCCACCAAAGGCACUAGAUUUAGGCCUCUCUCCUUCAACACGCCGAAGCCACUCUUCCCUUUGGCUGGACAACCCAUGGUUCACCAUCCCAUGUCUGCUUGCAAAAGGAUCCCCAACUUGGCUCAAAUUUUCCUCAUUGGGUUUUAUGACGAGAAGGAGUUCGCGCUAUAUGUCUCUUCCAUUUCAAAUGAGCUGAAAGUCCCAGUGAGAUACUUGAAAGAGGAUAAACCGCAUGGUUCAGCUGGUGGCCUUUAUCAUUUCAGGGAUUUGAUUAUGGAAGAUGGCCCGUCUCAUAUCUUUCUACUAAACUGUGAUGUCUGCUGCAAUUUUCCACUUCCAGAUAUGCUUGAAGCCCAUACAAGAUAUGGUGGGAUGGGAACAAUGCUAGUAGUCAAGGUUUCUGCUGAAUCAGCUAACCAGUUUGGUACAUUAGUUUCUGAUCCAGUCACGAACGAGCUGUUGCAUUACACGGAGAAACCUGAAACAUUUGUCAGUGAUUUAAUAAACUGUGGUGUAUAUAUCUUUACUCCUGAUAUUUUUACUGCAAUUGAGGAUGUAUCUAAUGACCGGGAAGACAGAGUUACAGCUAAUCUGCGGAGAUUAUCCGGCCUUGAUAUAUUCACAUCAACUAGAACCAACAUUCCUGCAGAUUUUGUUAGAUUGGACCAGGAUAUUUUGUCACCUCUCGCUGGAAAGAAGCAGCUUUAUACAUAUGAGACCAUGGAUUAUUGGGAACAGAUCAAGACACCAGGGAUAUCUUUGAAAUGCUCCAAUUUGUAUCUGGCCCAGUUCAGACUCACAUCUCCUUAUCUUCUUGCUAGUGGAGAUGGUACAAGAAGGGCCACAGUUGUCGGUGAUGUUUAUGUUCACCCAUCAGCUAAAGUACAUCCAACUGCAAAGAUGGGUCCCAAUGUCUCUAUUUCAGCAAAUGUUCGUGUAGGACCUGGUGUGAGGCUGAUAAAUUGUAUUAUUUUGGAUGAUGUCGAAUUGGAGGAUAAUGCAGUUGUCAUAAAUUCCAUUGUUGGAUGGAAAUCAUCUCUCGGGAGAUGGUCACGAGUCCAGGCUGAUGGAGACUACAACUCGAAGUUGGGAAUCACAAUUCUCGGGGAAUCUGUGAUGGUAGAACAAGAAGUCGUCAUCAUCAACUGCAUCGUUCUACCAAAUAAGACACUCAACAUGAAUGUGCAGGAUGAUAUCAUCUUGUGAAGAUUUGGAGAUGUUUGGAGUUCGAAGCCCUCCGAGGUGCACUAUUUGGAAGAUUUUUGUUAUUGUUCCGUAUAGAGACGG